AUGAUGCUGCCCCUUACGUCUUCCUUCUACGAUCUACCGAAAAGGGAUGAAGGAAUGGCAGAGCAUAAAUCGGAUACACUGACAAAUUGCUCUGAUGUCCUCGAUGUGCUAAUCCUUCUCCCUUUAACAUUGGCUACGCCGCCAGCGGUGAAAUACGAUGCUUUAGCGGUAUGAACUGGAACUAUGAAUGAUCAAAAUUGCCAGUAUGAUCAACUGUAUGGAGGAUACGCAAGCGCUGCACAAGGGACACGGGUUCUAUCCACAACGGGUUCUACGGAAAUCACAACGUUAACACCAUUUGCUGCUCCACAACCCACUACUGAUUACGCAGUAGGCUACGAUCUAUACAGGUAG